CGUGUGGGGUAGAAGUUCGAGUUACGAAAGUGCUUCUCGUGCUGCAAGAGACGUGAAGGGAAUCAGUACAAACCCAGUAAAAAUGGUGUUGGAAAUUUAUUUGGACCUUAUUUCUCAGCCUUGUCGCUCGGUUUACAUCUUCGCCAAAAAGAACAACAUCCCGUUUGAGUACAAGAAGCUGUCUUUGAUGGCAGGUGAGCAUUAUGGGGAAGAUUUUGGCAAGAUCAACAUCAUGAGAAAAGUACCUGCUAUCCGAGAUGGAGAUUUUUGCAUGGGGGAAAGUAUUGCCAUUAUGCAGUACCUGGCGGAGAAAUAUGCCACUCCGGAUCACUGGUACCCAGCUGACUUGCAGAAGAGAGCGCGGGUGAAUGAGUAUCUGGCAUGGCAGCAUUCAGCUAUGAGACCCCAUGGGUCCAAGAUACUCUGGCUAAAGCUCAUGAUUCCUAAGGUUAUGGGUGUUGAGAUUCCCAAAGAAAAGAUGGAUGCAGCUAUAGAGGAUCUCGAUAGCUCACUGAAGCUCAUAGAGGAAAAGUUCCUUCAAGACAGACCAUUCUUUGCAGGAGAGGAGAUCUCACUGGCUGAUCUGGUCGCGAUUGUGGAAAUCAUGCAGCCUGUAGGUGCUGGUUUAGAUGUCUUUGAAGGGCGUCCCAAACUGAGCGCAUGGAAGGACAGAGUUCGGGCUGCGAUCGGCGCUGAACUGUUUGACGAAGCUCAUCGGGAAAUCCUUGCAGCCCAGGAAAUGGCAAAUAACAUGGAUGGCAGCAAACUGCAGCAUUUCAAAGCCAAGAUCCUCAAAAUAUUCCUAUAAGAACAUAACAUUUUAAUCAAUAGACAACCAUUGUCUCAUUUCAAACUCAUCAUCACCAUUGGUGUGAAAUUUUUGUAUUUCAGAAGCAAUGAUGUUAUCAAUAGUGAUAGGAUCUUUAAAAAAGUCUGUAAAAAUUUCGAGAGUUCAGAGCAGACAAUUUUAGACCAUUAACCUGAACCAUUUGUUUUCCAAUGUAUGCAUUUGCAUAGAUUGUAUGCAUUUGCUUUUGUAUUAGCAUUACACUGUUAAUUAAACCCUGUAAAUCUGCAGUA